AUGGUGUCCUACUUCACAGGGAGAAUCGAUUUCUCACUUCCAAAUGUACCCGCCAAAACGGGUAUCCCUAAAGCUAGUAGUCAUCAAAUACUGCUAGUAGUCAUCAAAGUAUCCUCUCAAGGGCGAAAGGGUUUCUCUUACAUUGAAGCUAAGGAAAAUGCUUGUUCCCCUCCCUUCACCACUGGCCCUUAUUUGUAUGGGAAACUUUAUCAAGUAUUGACCUCAUACUUCUUUGUUGCUAUGGGGAGUGGAGUUAACUUAACAGAUGAUCUAGGUGGACUUGCUGGAGGGACUGCUGCAUUGGCAUUAGCGGUCCUUCCAAAAUCUCCUGAUCUUGCCAUUUUUGGAGCAUCAAUGUCUGGCUCUUGUAUUGGUUUCCUUGUGCACAACAGGUAUAGGGCAUCCAUAUUUAUGGGUGAUACAGGGUCCCUGGCCCUAGAUGGGGCAUUAGCUGCAAUGGCAGCCUGUGCAUGAAUGUUCUUUCCCUUGUUCAUUUAAUCUGGAGUCUUAGUCAUUGAAGCUUCGUCACUCGUCAGUGAUAGUGCAAGUGUCAUAUUUGAAGAGUACGAGAUGAUUAUACCGAGGAGCUGCUUGUCGGAUUUUUAGGAUGGCACCUUCUCACCAUCACCUUGGGUUAUGUGGUUUUAAGGAACCGCUCAUUGUCGCAAGCACAUAUUUGAUAUCAUCAUCCUGUGUAUAUUUGCUGGGUACAUUGGUCUUAUCUCAGCGUAACAACUAAAUCGAGACCUUGCCUUCCCUGUGUGUACGAGGGUGUGACGAUUUCGUCCAGUUUGGAAAGCAGUGGUGAUGAAUCUUAUGAUACUAUUACCCUUUCUCAAAGGCUGAAGAGGAAAGGGAAAGGAGAAGGCUAACAAUCCAGAAUGUUGAAUUCUCUGAAAGUCCAGGUCUUUCCAGCGUUGAACAUGAUGUGUCCUUAUAUGACUCCAGAAGUGGUGAUGGUACCAUUACCAGAAGAGGGAGGUGAGGAGAAGGCUAUAAACCAGAACACUGAAUUCCGAAUAAACAAUAGCAUAGACCGUUUCAAAUCCUAGUUCAUAUCUCCCCAAUCAAGACCCAUGCAAACCCUGAUUCUCAUCUUUAUUUUCCUUACAAUCAAAACCUUUUAAGUAAUCUAGUGAUGGGUUGACAAUGGAGUAUUGGUUAUGGGAUACCUGUGGUGUGGAGGAACCUUCACUCAUACAGUGGAAAACACAAAGACGGCUUAUGAUAUUUCCUCCCAAAACUAAGUAUUCUUCUCUAAAUUGUCUUUUGAGUUUCUUUUACGUCCCAUACCAAUUCGAUGAAUACCUGCUAGGAAUUCAGUAAUUAAAUUAGGUUACUUCCA